UUUUACCAUAAGGGGCAGGUGGCUAGUUCCAGUUCCUCAGUUCAAUGUAGAGGAGAUGGGAAGUUUAAAAAUUUCAUUGACAGUACCCUUGUGGCUCUAAGAGCAUUUUGGACGCUGCUGCUCAAAGGUAACAUGGACCAAACAACCGGACACCUGCUGGCUCUGGCUUUCCUCUUGCUUGUAAAGGUCGGCAUGUCCAGUCAGAACAACAUCAUCACUUGGUGUGCAGUGUCCGAUGCGGAGGAGCAGAAGUGUCUGGAUCUGGCCGGGAACGCCACAGCCCAGAAUAUUCGUGGGAAACUGCAGUGUGUGCGCGGCCAGAGCCCUACAGACUGCAUGCAGAGAAUUAAGAAUGGCACAGCAGAUGCAGCCUCUAUGUACCCUGAUGAGAUCUAUACUGCUGGAGUUUGCUAUGGGUUAGAUGUUGCAGUAGGAGAGUCUUACAAUGGAAUGGAUGGCAUUAAUUACUACGUAGUGGCCUUGGCCCGAAGAUCAUCCGGUGACCUGUCGCUGCUGGAGAUGCAUGAGCGGAGUUCGUGUCAUCCUGGGAUCCGGACCACCGUGGGUUGGACCGUGCCCAUUGGCUUCCUGGUCAAUACAUCGCAGAUUAGCGUAAACGAACAGUGUAAUUUCCCCCAUGCGGUGGGAGAUUUCUUUGGUUACAGCUGUGUCCCAGGAGCAAAGGACCCAGAGCACGACCCCAAAGGCACCAAUCCCAGAAACCUGUGUGAAGCCUGCAUAGGGGACGAGAAUGACCGGCACAUCUGUGCCAACAACCCUCGAGAACGACACUACGGAGAGGCAGGGGCUCUCAGAUGUGUGGCAGAAAACCUUGGAGAUGUGGCCUUCGUAAAACACACCACAGUCUUCGACAACAUGAACGGUAAAAAUCAGGAGUCGUGGGCUCUGGACCUGGAGCUGGAGGACCUGAAGCUGCUUUGCCCGGAUGGAGGCGAGGCCUCGCCCUCCCAGCACAAGCACUGCCACCUGGCCGUGGUGCCCGCCAACGCUGUGGUGGUGCGUCUGGAGGAUAAGUGCCGCGUUUACAAGUUCCUGGAACGUGUGCAGAAUGUGUUUGCCAACAGCACGCAGGGUUUCUCCCUCUUCAGUUCGGCAGGGUACGGUCAGCCAGAUGUAAUGUUCAGUGACUCCACUCAGAAGCUGCUGAGGGUCAUGGGCACCUACCCAUCCUGGCUGGGGCCCAGCUACACCACUAUGCUUCAGGCAUUUGAAUGCGAAGGUUUGUGCUGAUGUGAUCGAAAGCCUGCACACCUCCGCACUGUCAUUCUCUCCCACCUCCCAUAUCUCCUGUAUUUUCCCUCUGUCUUACACCGACCCCUCCAACCAGCUUAAAGAGUGCCGCAGGCUGUACCUAUGCCAAAGGCCAGUUAGCUCCCAUGCUUCAUAGCCUCCCUCCUUUCUUCUCUCUUCUGCUAGUGACUAAACACAGCACAUUAGCUAUACUGUUGCCAAUCUAGGCCACUUGAUCUGCUAUUUCAUGAUGGAAGAAGGUCGACGCCAGCAGGCCAUGAUUUCCAGGGAGGGGGAGCAGCCACCACAUUAUGAAGGGAUUCAUUCUUUUGAGCCAAGACUGUGUUACAUGUGCUUCAAAUCCAUGCAAUUCAAUAUCGGCUAAUACUAAUGGUGGCCUGCUGAUCUAAUGGUUCUCGACUCUGGUCCUGGGGGCCCACUGCUGAGUCUAAAGCCUUAUUCGAGCUGGAUUAGUUUUGCCUGGGGGGAUACUAUAAUUUCAGUGAUUACCAAAGAUUUUAAUUUAAUAUUAAUCUGCAAUGCAUGUAGUUGUUACAUUCAGAUAGUAAUAAUUGCAGAGUGAAUGGGCUUCUGCCCCCUCAUCAGCCCCUGUAGCAGAGCCCCCUCAGCAGGCAUGUUCCACUUUGUAGUAAUGGAAAAACAAGGCCCGCUAAUAGACCCACAAUUUGGCAGAUGGAAGACUAGCAUGUGCGUAGCAUGACUUUAUGCAGUUCCUCUAUUCAAACACCAAGCCAUUUUUAUACCAUGUUUUUCAUGCACCGUGUUGUUAUUGUCAUUGAGUGUGGUGUCAAUUGCUUAAUGCUAAUGUUAGCAUAAAAAUUCAGGUAAUAUCACCAUUCAGAUUAUAUAUCACCUAAAAUAGUGAUUUGGAUUGGGUGUAGCCCUUCUUCU